GGACCCCGCCUCGGUGGGGCCGGCGGCGGGGUGGGGCCUCCUCACCUGCCUCAGGUGUUUCUAUAAAGCUCCCGCCGCCGUCGAACCGCCAGUUCCUGCUCUCGGGACCGGAGCGAGCCGCCAGCGCGCAGGGGAGGGCUCCGGCGCCCCCCCGGACUAGCCCCAUGGCCACCACCACCCUCCUGCUGCUGCUGGCGCUGGGCGCAGGUAACUGUGCCAGCACCACCACCACAGAGACCACCACCACAGAGACCACCACCACUGACACAACCACCACAGAGACAAUCACAACCACCACGGAGACGACCACUGAGACGACCACCACCACCCCCAUGACCACCACUCCAAACAUCACCAUCACAAGCAGCAACGGGACCCAAGCCCCUGCUACAGCCUUCCCCAGCACAAGCAAAACCACAAGCUUCCAGCUCAGCAGCGCCACCACCAACAGCACCGCGGUGCCCACCCGUGGCAGCACUGCCACCCCCUACACCAACACCACUGCAAACAGCAGCAGCUUGGUCCCCCCCUUCAGCAGCACUGUGGGUCCCACCUUUGCCACCAACACAACCAACAGCAGCACCGUGGCUCCCACCUCUGGCACCAACACAACCGACAGCAGCACCGUGGCUCCCACCUCUGGCACCAACACAACCGACAGCAGCACCGUGGCUCCCACCUCUCGCACCAACACAACCGACAGCAGCACCGUGGCUCCCACCUCUGGCACCAACACAACCAACAGCAGCACCGUGGCUCCCACCUCUGACACGGAUGGUGGCACAGUGAUCCCCACCUCCAGCACCAAAAGCAGCACCACCCAGGUUGUCCCCACACACAGAACCUCUGUCACAGCUCCCGGGCAGACCUCCACGGUGUCAUCGGGUAGCAGCGAUGCUCCUCAGCCCAGCAUAGCCACCGCGGUCCAGCUGCUGCGCAGCAUCGCGCUGUCCUUCCGCAUCCUCAACAGGAGCUUCAAUGAGAGCCUGCGUGACCCCGUGUCGGAGCAGUACAGGAGCCUGAGCCGCUCUGUGCUGGACAUGUUUGACCAUGUCUAUGGCAGUGGGCAGAGCUACAAGGGAUGCAGCGAGCUCCGUUUCAGCCAAGGCUCCGUGGCGGUGCUGUCCGUCCUCGUGUUUGGCCAGGGCAACGCCACCAUCUCCAGCACUGCCGUUGAGCAGCAGCUGAGGAACAGCCUGAACCAGGAGGGCUUCAUCAUGGACCUGCAGCUGGAUGACAUCCGGAGCAACAUGGAGAUGUCCUCAGCACCGGCGCCUGCAGUGCCGGACUGGGCCAUUGCUCUGCUGGUCCUGGUCUGCAUCCUGCUGCUGCUGAGCAUCCUCACCUGCCUUCUGCUGACAAUCUGUGCGUGCCGCCGGAAGACCCGUGGGAAGCUGGACCUGUUCAGCACGAAGGAUUCCUACCACCCCAUGGCUGAGUAUCUGCAGUACCAGAGCCACGGGCGCUACAUGUCACCCAGCGGCAAACCCAACCCUUACAGCCAGGUCGCUGGCAGCAAUGGCGCAGGGACCGGCACCUUCACCUACACCAACCCUUCUGCCACCUCCGACAACCUCUGAGUGACACCAGGAUGCACAAGAAAAGGGCUUGGGGGGAGCAGCACCGGCCCCGGGCUCGCCCCCCCCCGCCACAUGCAGCAGGAGCAGGAUGGUUCUGGAGCAGCUGGAUUCGUGCGCAUGACAGAACUGGAUGGACAGGGAUUGGGAUCCGGGCUGGGAGGGAGUCCCUGUGCCCCCUGGUCCCUGCACUCGCUUGGCUUUGUAGCCCUGGUCGGUACCGAGGGGGGGGUCCAGGCUCCUGCCCCCUUCCCCCCGCGCUCGCCCCUCAAUUCAAUGGCUCUUUUGUGGUGUUAUUUUAUAUAAAUAUAUCUCUCUAUGUGGGA